UAUGUACGACUCUGCAGCCCUGGCACAUAAUUGCCAUCCCUGCACGGCGCAAAUGCAAAAGAAGUUAGCUCACAAAUAUUGUUAAAAAACCUUGUUAAAUUCAUUGGAAAAUAAAAAAAAUGGCCAACCAACAGUGCUAGAAGCAACAGAAAUUAAAGCCGAAUGCGUUUAACUCGCAAGAAGUUCAAUGUGAGUGCAAGGAAGGUGACUUAAAAAGCAAUACUUUUUGAAGACAAUCGAGGAGGUAGAUUUAUAAAUGUUUUUACCACACUGACAAAUCCCGCAUCGAAAGCAUUAUCGAUCAGAAUGAAUCCGGCAGAGCUGCGAUCGAUGAUGUGGAUGAGUAGUCAGUACAACACGGAGCGCAUAACACUGGAGGAUGCGGCCACUCUUCUGGGUCAUCCCAAUGUUGGACUAUCUGUCAUGGAGGACCUCUCCGCCCAUCAGCCAACUUUGGACAUGAAUCCGAUGAUGAGCCUCAUGGGGGGAGAUUUCUCUGGUCAGGCAGCAGCGGCUGCGGCUGCGGCGUUGGGUGUUCAACCGGGCACUCUGAUUGCCACCAACUCCAACAACCUCUACGGAUUCACCCACAUGGGCGGCCUGCAGCAGCAACUGCUUCAGCAGUCGGCGGCCGCUGCGGUCUUUCAGAAUUAUGCGGAGGUUAUGGAUGCCGAUGUGGACACCGGUAUGGUGGGUAUGGCUCCCCACGACGGAACUCUGAUGGGCGUUGGUGUGGGCGAGGCGGUUGUGGAUGACGACGACCAUGUGUACGGCCAAAUAGACGAUGGUUACGACGAUGGUGGAUCGGGGUUAGAGCCCAAACAGGAAAUAAUCAACAUCGACGACUUUGUAAUGAUGAAUGAGGACAACAAUUCUUACGAUGGAACCGACUUUAUGACUUCCUCGGACAAGGAUAUUUCGCAGUCCUCUUCCUCCUGCAUGACUCAGUUGCCUGGAGGAUUAGGCGUCUCAGGAGUUGAACAUGAUCUACUGGUACCAUUGGGCGACGGCUUGCUCCAUCACAAGCUGCUAGGCACAACUUUAGCCCCGGCGAUGGGCUCACUCAAUGGGAAUGCCUUUGGAAAUAUUAUGGUUAGCUCUGAAGCACCAUGUGUGAGCUCCAGUAAGCAAAUGCAGCGCACUUAUAGCAUUGCCAAGGGAGCCAGCUCCACCACAACCACCGCCAGCUGCAGUGCCUCAACCUCAUCCGCAUUGCGCACACAGCGCAAGACGCGCAAGAUCGAACCCGUGAACAGGCCGGGACUGGUGCUGAAGACACCUAUCGCCUACAAGGGCAACAUUGACCCAUCAGUGAUCCCCAUACAGAAAGACGGCAUGGCUGUCUGUAAACGUUGUGGAGCCAUUGGAGUAAAACAUACCUUCUACACGAAAUCGCGACGUUUUUGUAGCAUGGCCUGUGCCCGAGGCGAACUCUAUUCGUUGGUACUCAACAGCAAGAUGGAGGGAGGUCAGGCUAGCACCAGUUCCCCAGCUCCUGGAGCUGGUUCAGAGGUGUCCGAAGAUGUCUUGGCUGGUGAACAGCAGCAGUCCCAGUCGGAUAUUGAGCUUGAUCUGCAGGCGGCACACAUUAAGAAUGCAAACUACCGUUUCCGUAUUACGGAUCAAUCGAAGAUCACCCAGUUAAAUAGCUUUGGCGAACCAAUGUCCCUCGGUGGCGACGCAGCUGCCCAUAAUGUACAAAUGGCAGCGGAUGAAACGAUUGCAGCCUUGAAUGGCGGAGCAGUCGGAGAUGCUACUGCUCCGGGAGGCAAUGAUGAAGGUGCAGUCACACCCAACUCUUAUUUAAGUGCAGCUCCAACGCCUAAAGCACUGCGGCUCUUUAAGGAUGUCUACCCACAGGAUGACCUGCCGCAAAUACCUAAGUAUGAGCGUCUACCUGUUCCCUGUCCGCAAAUGGAGAAAAUCAUCAGCAUACGGCGAAGGAUGUACGAUCCGACACACUCGUACGAUUGGUUGCCCCGCCUUAGUAAGGAGAACUUUAUCGCGGCUCCUGUCACCUGUUUUCCACAUGCCCCCGGAUGCGAGGUAUGGGACAAUCUGGGCGUGGGAAUGAAGGUAGAAGUGGAGAAUACAGAUUGCGAUAGUAUCGAAGUUAUCCAACCGGGCCAGACUCCUACCUCUUUCUGGGUGGCCACCAUCCUGGAAAUCAAGGGCUAUAAGGCCUUGAUGAGCUACGAGGGCUUCGAUACGGACUCGCACGACUUCUGGGUGAACCUUUGCAACGCCGAGGUACACUCGGUGGGCUGGUGCGCCACCCGGGGCAAGCCCCUUAUCCCGCCCCGCACCAUCGAGCACAAGUACAAGGACUGGAAGGACUUCCUCGUUGGGCGCUUAUCCGGUGCCCGCACUCUUCCCUCCAACUUCUACAACAAAAUUAACGAUAGCCUUCAGUCGCGCUUCCGCCUUGGCCUGAAUCUCGAGUGCGUCGACAAGGAUCGCAUUUCACAGGUACGCCUGGCCACCGUCACUAAGAUCGUGGGAAAACGUCUCUUCCUGCGAUACUUUGAUUCCGACGAUGGCUUUUGGUGUCACGAGGAUUCUCCUAUCAUUCACCCAGUGGGUUGGGCAACAACAGUGGGGCAUAAUCUAGCCGCACCACAGGACUAUUUAGAGCGCAUGUUGGCUGGUCGUGAAGCCAUGAUAGAGGUUCAUGAGGAUGACGCAACAAUUGAGCUGUUCAAGAUGAACUUCACCUUCGACGAGUACUACAGUGAUGGCAAGACCAAUAGCUUUGUGGAGGGCAUGAAACUGGAAGCGGUGGAUCCUCUUAAUCUGUCAUCCAUAUGCCCGGCCACAGUAAUGGCGGUUCUCAAGUUUGGUUACAUGAUGAUACGCAUUGAUUCUUAUCAGCCGGAUGCCUCAGGGUCGGAUUGGUUCUGUUACCAUGAGAAGAGUCCAUGUAUCUUUCCGGCUGGAUUCUGCUCUGCCAACAGCAUUUCGGUGACUCCUCCAAACGGAUAUGACUCUCGUACGUUCACCUGGGAGGGAUAUCUGCGAGACACGGGAGCAAUAGCCGCCAACCAGCAUCUAUUUCACCGAGUUGUGCCUGACCAUGGAUUCGAGAUGGGCAUGAGUCUGGAAUGUGCAGAUCUCAUGGAUCCCCGUCUUGUCUGCGUGGCCACAGUGGCGCGGGUGGUGGGUCGACUACUUAAAGUUCACUUUGAUGGAUGGACAGAUGAAUACGACCAGUGGUUGGAUUGUGAAUCGGCAGAUAUAUAUCCAGUCGGUUGGUGUGUAUUGGUAAAUCACAAGCUAGAGGGACCACCAAGAGUUGCACAGCAGCAGGCACCAAAGCCUGCACCAAAGGCCAAGAUACAAAGGAAACGGAAGCCCAAAAAGGGAGCUGUUGGAGGCAAGACGCCAAAUGAGAACAACACCCAGUCGGUCAAAUCCCGUACAAUUGCUCUUAAGACUACGCCGCAUUUGCCCAAAUUGAGCAUAAAACUAGAACUAAAGCCCGAGCAUCACAAUGCUGCCUUUUAUGAGAAUAAUCAACCCGAGGAAGAGGGCGAUGAGGAGGAUCCUGACGGGGAUGGCGAUGUCGAUGGAGACGGAAGUACCAGUCACAUCUCCGAACAGUCAACUACACAGUCAUCUAGUGAUCAGAUCGCGGGAUCAGGCAGUGGAAGUGGAUCCGCCUCGCUGGUAACUCUCGCCACGGGCAGCAACAAAAUGGUAAUGAAAUCUUCCACUACUAAAUCACCUGCGCCACCAACUGUGGGCCGCAAAGCCACUAGCUACAUUGCGAACUCCUCUGCGACGAACAAUAAGUACAUUCCGCGUCUGGCCGACAUCGAUUCCAGUGAGGCGCACUUGGAGCUGGUGCCGGAUUCCUGGAAUGUGUACGAUGUGUCCCAAUUUCUUCGGGUCAACGACUGCACAGCCCAUUGCGAUACCUUCAGCCGGAACAAGAUUGAUGGCAAGCGACUGAUGCAACUAACCAAGGACGACAUAAUGCCAUUGUUGGGGAUGAAGGUGGGACCGGCGCUGAAAAUCUCAGACCUCAUUGCCCAGCUUAAGUGCAAGGUUAAUCCGGGCAGGGCCAGAUCCCACAAGACCAACAAAUCUCCGUUUUUAUAGUGCGCGGACCUUAAUUUUUAUAAUGCGAAACGAAAGUUAUCACCGAUAAAAACACACUUUUAUACGUGUAUAUUAGUGCUUAUGAAUAUAGGAUAUAUAUAACGAAUAUAUAUAUAAAUAUUGAAGUAUUUUGUUAGCACUGAAAAUCGAAACACAAACGUUGCCUAGAAUGGAUCAAGCAUCCAUGAUACAAUUGUAUAACUAACUCAAGUCUCACAGCGCGUUAUUUUAUACCGAUAAUAUAUAUAUCGUAGAUCAUAGCCGUACGCUCAUGUUAUAUCAGUCAGAGUUCUAUAUCAUACAACUGUAUAGUGAUCAUUGAAUUGGGGACAAUUAAAUUUUUUUAUUUACGCAUAUUUUUGUAAAAGUAAAAGCAAUGCAUGCAACACAUAUAUUUACAUAUAUAUAUGAGGAUUGUAUAGCAUGGAAUUGUAAAUUGUACAUAAGUUUCGUCGCCGACCAUAGAAGACCCAAGAAUAUCGUAUUUUUUAUAGAACCAAGCGCAAGCAAGCAACAGGCAGCAUGCCUAGGAUACCCGUUCAGUCGUAAACCGAGUAGUUGGAAUCACUCCUAGUCCUUAAGACAGCGCGGUCUCUCGCUUAAGUUCUUUCUGGAAUCACUUACAACUCGGCAAGGAGAGCAUUAUUGGCAUAGGGAAUACUUUUGAAGGCAACCUUAAUUAUAGAAUAUGUAUCUAGAUAACCUUAAGGUACCAGCUAAUGUCAAAAUACAUUAAUAAAACCGAAUUCAAAAUUGCAA